AUGUGCACAGGAGUGAGAUACCAUACGAGCUUUACCUUCUCUAUCUGCAAGAAAGGAAAAUUGUUGGGUACCAAUAGGGUUUGGGAGAGACCGAUGGACGUCGAGGAAGAAUCUCAACAUCUACCAGAUGCUAGCAACAUUUUGGCUAGCCCAGCAACGUCACAUGCCAACCGCUAUGAAACUUCCCGCCAGAUAGCAUUCAGUGUUAUUGGAUGA